UAGCCCUCUAGUCCCUUCGAUUUAUCCUGACACUUGUUGCGUGUUGGGCCACACUCAAUCGCCCUUUCGGCUUCGCCGCAGUCGGUCUUGGUCAAGUAGGUCCCUCGUCCCGUCGAACUACGUACAGGGGUACCCCAAAUUGUCCGCAGUCCAUGUGUCUGACGUGUGAAUCACAUCCUUGAGAAAUACCGGCAUUGUACGCAUAUCCCCACCGUACACCUCGCCAUGAAUCGAUUUCGCAAAAACAAAAAGGAGAAGGUGAAGGAAGAGGUGGUGGAAGUCCCUGAAAGUAGCUCAGUCGGCCUCACCUCAAAGCUGUCAUGGAAAUCUAGAAAGGAGGACCCUGAAGAGAAACCGGAAUUUGAUCUCUCAUCGGCGUUACCAUCAACCGACGACUUUCGAACCAGUCUUUUGAUGCCAAAACUGUCUGCACGUUUUAGUAUGCUGCGAGAGCAGGAUGACCCGGACUCGAUCAUCGGCAAAGCGAGCGACGACAGUGUCUUAUUUCCCAAGCGUGCUUCGCGACUCAACCUCUUCGGCCACAACCCCGGUUUCCUGGCUGAUAUCGAUGAGGUUUCGAUUGAUGGUCGAUCGAUAGCUCCGAGGCGUACGCACUCCAUUGUGUCGGACAACAAUUCCUGUGGGGCUGAUGAGGAAAAUUCGCAGAAGGAAAGUAUCAUGAGUCGAGGUCGACGGGUAGAAAGCAAUAACCUAUUCGGAGGACGACAAAAGAUGUACAAGAUCUCCUCGAAGGCAACGAGUGCCUCCGACUCCGGACGGUCGCAGAUGAGCAGUCGUGCGCUCUACGAACCUGACUUGACGACGUCUGCUUUCCAACCCCUCAGUGCGAAAGAGAGCGUCGAAUCGAUGACAGAAGAAUUGCCGCAGGGCAGCCCCUCUCAGGAAUCGGAAGACGCGCUUUCUCGUGUCUCAUCCGCCAAGCGCACUACCUUUUCUUCCACUGCAUCCGGUCCUAUUACGAAUGUUCGCACUUCAACAGCUGCUACUUCGAUCGACGAGCAGUCACUCUCGGGACCUUCGCCGCUGAUACCGGGCAGUGAGGGUCUGUUCUCUGCACCAAAGCCAGCAAUGCCAGGUAUGGCAGCUGAACGUGGCUCCGUUAAGUCGAGGCGUUUAUACGGGCAAGGGCUGGCGCAAAGUGCGCAGAGUCAACAAGCAUCGACCCUUCAGCGCUUGGAAAGCCUGAGCCGUCAGAGAGCAGGAACUCCUGAGCAUCCACCACUGAAUCGGGCUUUCUCCAAAAGCGCCACGAAUCUCCGUGAUCGCAUGCAACCGUUGACAAUUAGUGAACCCCUUCCCAGCAACCCCAGCCCGACUCAGCCUACCAGCCCCCAGUCUCUGUUUACGUCGCCGGAGGAAUCGCUCAAUAUCAGUUCCAAAGGACUAAAGAGUCCUGCAAGCACUGCAUACAGUGCUCCUCCCUUAAGUCCCCCCUUCAGUGAAAGCGAAGUGGGCGGAGCCUUAGUGGCUGGAGCCUUAGUGGCUGCACUUCGACCAGAGGACCAUGGCAAAGCUACCGCCUCAGGCCUGUUUAACAAGCCCAAAACCACCUUUGAUGAGAGUCAGUUCAAACAACGCCAGCUGCAGAUGCAUCAAGGGAGGAACACGCCGUCUCUCCCUCGACCUCUCCCGCCGCCAACUAGAACAAAACUACCUGAGCUCCCUGGACGCGCGCGGGGUUUCUCCAAUGCAAGCUACACGUCGAGGCCUGGCUCAGCAACUUCGCACUACAGUGAGGCUCAGCGCCCAGGCAGCCGGUCCGCCACCAACGCUUCGCCCCCAAAGCCCACUAGCACCACUUUCUUUGCUAACCCAAGUUCAAGUGAUUCGGAAGAUGAAGGCCGCGCUUCACGCAUGCCUGACACCAUGUACACUACCGACGAAGUGCACCCCGCACUUCGGCCGGAAACACCUUCUAAGCCUUCUACCCCUUCUAGUGAACACCGCAGUCCUUUGCCUGAAGUACGGUACUCUGAUUUAGGUGACCUAAAGCCAAUCGCAGAGCAUGAUCUCGUUGAGAACAAGCCCAGUGGCGCUCAGGACCUUCCAGAGAAGCCAGACUCCCCUACUCUGGGGCCCUCAGGUUUGGGCUUAAGUGGCUUGGUUCGCACACAUCUUCGACAAGACAGCGAUCGUUCGUCGAUUUAUCCUCCUCCUUCUCCUGGUCUUUCGGCUAAGCCUGUAGAGGCGAACGUAAUGGCGGAUGCGAUGCCGCAAUAUCAGAAGAGUGCCCCACAUAGCUCCAACUGGCAGGACGAGCUUGUCUCCAGACACAGACGUGAAGCGAGCACUGAGACACAGAUUGAGCGUGAAGAGUUUGCCAACGAGUUGGCAGAAAGGCGGAGAAAGGUGCAAGAAAAGCUCAAGGGGUUUGCGGAGGUGGAAAGCAGAUCAGCUAGUCCUGUUUCCGGCCGCCAAACUCCAGAUUUCACCCCGAGUAAACCUGGAAACGCCUUCUCUUUCCUGAAGAACAAAGCAGGGAAGCAACACCUCUUCGGCAAACAGGAUCUCAAGGGUGCGAAGGGCCUAGGCUAUGCCAACGCCUCUACUCCAGCUCUGGUGUCCGAUGAUCCAUGGCGGGAGGAGGAGGAGAGACCAGCACUGCCUUUCGCGAAGCAUGCUAAUUCUAGCACCCCCCACAUUACAGGCGAAAGAUCUUUCCGGUCCAAGAUUUCUGUCUUUGGGCGCAGCAGCCAAGAAGACUCGCGUGAGUCUAGCCGGAGCCGCGGGGCAUCUCCACACUCCAGCUUUAGGUCACGCCGAGAUCGCUCCACAUCUGACGCAUCUGGUCGCUCUAAGAGUCGCUCACGGCGGGACCGAGACGGCCUGGAGACACUGGAAGAAGUCGGACAUGGACCUCACAAUCCGAUGGCCUAUCCUGAUCAAGAUCAGCACGGCAUGUCCUCUGUCGCUUCUUCUACCCGCCCGUCUGUUGAGGCUAGCGAGUCAGCCAUGUAUGAGCGCUCCUCGUCCGCUGCUUCAAUUAGGCACCGUAGUGGUAGCCGCUCCGCUGUUUCGAGCUUCCACGACCGGCCUUCCUAUUUCUCGACUCAUAGUUCAUCCCUGAUUGGGGCCGCGCCUCGUCCCUCCCCUAUUGCCCCAUAUUCCGCAAACGCCACACCGCCCUUGGAACUCAAUAAUGAGAAUGGAUAUCCUUUGGCGCCUGCCCCUAGUGACCACAGCCAACAUCAUCACGCCCUCAACCGUGCUCCAGGCAACAAUAGCCUGCAGAAGCGGGCAGUCAACAAGACCCUUAUCUCUGAGCCCACGUUCGUUUCCUGCACAUCCAGCGUGCCGACAGUCGGCCUCCCUCCUGGUGCAAGCCUAAGCAACGGAAUGGAGACACCUCCGAUCCCGCCAAUGAACCCGCGACGUCGCCGUCAGACAACUACGCAAACCAUUUUGGGAGCACUCAAGGGAGAGAGACACGAAUCUCAAUAUUCCCCAUCGAUUGACUCGGCCAUGGAGGAGACAAGUAAUUUCUCCGACGACGGCGACAAGCGACCAAAGUCCCGGGCCAGGCUCCGCAAAUCAUCCAGCGAGGGAGGCAACUUGAACGCAAAGGCCCGUCACCAGCUGCUGGCUGACACACCUCCGCCUGCUGUUCCGACCUAUCCACCCCCGCAGAUUCCUCUAGAUGGAGGAAUGUUUUAACCUUCUUGAACACUUCAUAUACCUUCCAUUCCCUUCUCUACCUUCUGGAUCUACUCAGUCUCCGACUACGAUGUAUUAUUUGACGUUCUGGCUUAGCCUUCUGCAUCUUUAUGUUGGAUACCUCUCCUUUGCAAUUCCGGUUUU